CAGCCGCGUUUUGAUGGUGGAUUUUAUUCACCGCGUCGGACAAAUAAGUUCCAGAACCAUCGGGUAGUUUCACCGGCUGACGUGCGUGUGUAUUAGCGAGGACAGGCCUCCAGAGGGGGGUAACGCUGGCCCGGAGAGAGAGGAAAGUGCCGUAUUCACUUCACACUUAUUUCUGUUGGUCGCCCGGUGAACUGGACCAACCGCCUCCUUCAAAACGCGACGCUCGGCAAUAGAAGCGACGGGGCGACUUUAGCUGCGCGGCUAGCGGCAGCGGGGCUAAGCUCGCGGGGCUAGCAGCGGCACGGGUCGCGCGGCGGCGAGCCGAGUGUGUCGCAGCAAGAAACGGCCGCGGCGUCACGAUCCGUCACACCAGCGGAGCGGAGGAGCCGACGGUCGCCGGGCGGCUGUGAAGUUCGGCCUCAACUCUGUCACACGCACGCCGCGUUUGCACGCGUUGGUUCCGUGUUGUUUACGCGGACGAAGUGCGGAGUUUGCCGCAGCACGCACUUUUUGUCGCCGCACAUCUGCUGACGCAUUUGAGGUCUUUUUGUUAGGUGGUCCACCACAACCCGCUUCCAAAAGUUCACACCCAACACACAGCCAGCCCAGCAGGAGGAUGGCGGUGAAUGUCUACUCCACCUCUAUGACCAUAGAGAACCUGAGUCGUCAUGACAUGUUGGCCUGGGUCAACGACUCUCUGCAGCUCACCUACACAAAGAUUGAGCAGCUCUGUACAGGCAGUGCUUACUGCCAGUUCAUGGACAUGUUGUUUCCAGGCUGCUUAUUGUUGAAGAAAAUUAAAUUCAAUGCUAAAUUGGAACAUGAAUACAUCCACAACUUCAAGGUCUUACAGGCUGCGUUCAAGAGAAUGCAGGUGGACAAGAUCAUCCCGGUGGAGAAGUUGGUGAAGGGCAAGUUCCAGGACAAUUUCGAGUUCCUUCAGUGGUUCAAGAAGUUUUUCGACGCCAACUAUGACGGGAAAGAGUACGACCCUCUUCUGUCUCGGCAGGGCCAGGACGGAACACCGCCUCCAACUCACCAAGGUGAACCCAUUCAUCACAGACCUAAAAGAGACUGUCGCUCAGGCCCCAUGAGGACAUCUCCCACUGUACCCAAGACUGUCCCCGCCCCGCAGAGGCAGAUCAACGCACCGGCGGUCCGCAAGAGCUCCGCUGUGAUGCGUAACGGAGGAGACGCCGAGCUCAUAGAGCUCAACCACCAGAUGGUGGAUCUGAAGCAUACAGUCGACGGACUGGAGAAGGAGAGGGACUUCUACUUUGCGAAGCUUCGAGACAUCGAGCUCAUCUGUCAGGAAAACGAAAACCACCCGGUCCUCGGCAAAAUCAUAGACAUCCUCUAUGCAACAGAGGUAAAUAAGGAUGGAUUUGCACCACCAGAAGAUGAAGAAGAAAUUGAGGAAGGACCAGAGGGCGACCAGGAGGAGUUCUGAACUCUUUGUCCUCUCUUCAUCACCAUUCAGUUUGUUCCUCUCCUCACCUCUCACCCUUUAACCUACCUGAUCAUUGUGCUCAUCCCUUCCCCCAUUUUAUUUUACUUCUUACAGUCGCCCCUUAAUGUCGCUGUCCAUAUCCAUGACGGCUUUGUUUUUUGUACAACCUAGCUUUCCGAAACUCUUACUAGCAAAGGACACUUAACCCCGGGACCGGUCUGGACAAGGGGCCCAGCAGCCCGGCUUGGCUUGGCUUGGCUUGGCUUGGCGUGGCGUCCUCGACUUAUUCUAACCUGUUACCAGAGGGGACAGCAGCACGACAGGGUUAGUUUAGCCUUGGUCGACUCGCCUGUCAAAGGCAAUGAGAUUACAGGGAUGCAGCACUGACAGUCUGGAGCCAACAGUGAUAUCAGUCAGUCUGGCUGAAGAGGAGGCAGGUCACUUUUCUGUCACCAUGCUCACUAACUGGUGACCACACACACACACAAACACACGUGCAUCAGGGUUUUCUGCAGAGAUUAUAUUUGAAUCCACGCAGUGUAUUUUCACACCGCGUGAUCGGUUUUCAAUGUGUUGGCUGGAAAUUUUCACCCAGUGAGUGAGAUAAUAAAUGGUAAUAAGCUCCUUAGGAGAGAGAGACGCCUGCACAUGCAUAUGAUUGAUAUAUGUAUAUGAUGACACAUUUCAACGUACAUAUCACAGACUUUGACUUGCUCACAUGUACAUGCUUAAAAAAAAAAGAGUCAUCAUUCCGAGGCAAAAAAACAUCACAGAGUAUGUUCUUCUUCUUCUUCAUCAAGUUGUCCCACCAGAGAGGUCUGCUUAUGAAACCGUUCUGACGGGUUGUUUACGUGACAGCAUGAUGUAUUUAUGAUUUAUUUAUUGAUCUUUUUUAAUCUGCUCAAAGUUUAUGGGGAGGGAAAAAAUAAUAUAAAUGGUUUUGGAUUUGGGGGGAAAUUGAAAGUCUUGCACUAAAUGUAGCGAAUCAAACUGAGUGAAAAAUGAUCCGAGAUGCCAACAUGCAGUGACUGGCAGGAAGAUAAAGAGGAACAUGCAAUUUAAUAUUUUAUAGAUUUGUUUUUAAAAAAGAAUUUGCACUGAAUUGCUCAACGGCCAAGGCAGAGGCUUCAGUGUGAAAAAGUUAUUUAUCAGAAAAAAUGUCGGGCUUUGGAUUCUAUGAAUGAACAAAAUGUAAAGAAGACAAAAGCUCAGACUGCAGACUGACACUACUAAAUACUAAUGUUUGACCGUGAUCGUCGCGUUAAAACAUUUUUAGCUGCUAUCGUUGCUCUUCUGUUGCCGUCUUUAAUUUAGUUUUUCGUUGCAUUGUGGCGAAAACGCCAAGGUGGCUGGUGAGGAGCUUUGGGGUGUGACUGACAUUAGUUGGACCAGUCUGAGAGAGAGAGAGAGAAAACAAAACAAAACCAUCAAACCCUCUCUCAGCGUUUGUUGUCAUGGCAGCCAUGUGAUACGCCUGCAUCAUUUGGAGUUACUGCUGGAAUGCAAUAAAGUUCUGAGGUUCAAGAAAAGUGA